AUGACAAGAUUUACAGAAUAUCCUGGACAUAUUGGUGGUCGAUGUGUGGCCAGCUUUGAUUGCGAUCCUAGUGGUCCACUAGUUUGUAUAACAUUGACAGCAGUAAGGGACUGCUUCGCUGAUUGUCCAAAUGCAGCUGAUGAAGAAUGUCCAGUGAAUAAAGUGUUAUGUGAUUCAAAAGUAAGCAAUGGAUGCGGAAAAUGUGUCAAAAUGGAGGAACGUGAUAUGCUUUGCAGCGACCGUCGAUGGCGAAAUAUAUGCACGGAGACUGACCACUUUAAAUGCUUGUCCACAGACAAUUGUAUCUUACCUCAAUGGAUUGGGGAUGGUGUUGAUGAUUGCGCUGAUGGUUCAGAUGAAGACCUUUGUGCUCUUGCAUUACCAGGUUGCAAUCAGACCGGAACAAGUCCAACUACAGCAUCUCCGUUUGAUGUGGGUGCUCCUAUUGAAAGGCCAAUAGAGGGAUGUCUAGAAGACGAAUUUCAAUGUAUCAUAUCACAUGAAUGUAUAUCCAUUGUCAAUGUCCUAGAUGGUAUUGAACAAUGUAACGAUGGGAGUGAUGAAAGAUAUUGUAAAGAGAUGGCUGGAAGUAACAUGUGUCAGAGACCAAAGCAAUGUUGUUUUAAUCCGACUGCUGGCAUUUUCGGAUGUGAUUGUCCACUGGGUUAUUCGCGUACUUCUUUUGGUCUUUGUAUCCCUUUUUUAGCCCCAGUCUUCAGCAGCGAUUGUGCCGAUUUGCAGAGACGUUAUCAUUUUUUGGGAUCAGGCUUGUUCAAACUCAAUGACUGGAGUUGCUCUAAGCCUGAAAUGUGUCCCUUUAUUGCCCACUGUGAAAUGGAUUUAUUUGGUGGUGGAUGGACGAUAAUCAUGCAACGUUUCAACACAUCGCUUAGUUUUGACAAGGAUAUAUUGGAAUAUGAAAAUGGUUUCGAGUUAGAUAAUUCAAAUUUUUGGAUUGGAUUGGAACGCAUGCAUCAUUUGACUAGUCGCCCGCAGUGCCCGAAUGAAUUACUUUUAAGGUUACGCACAGCGAUCAAUGGACAAAUAAUCUUGGUUCGGUAUUCGCAUUUUAUCGUUUAUGAAAGACUUCUGAACUAUCGAUUAAACAUUGGAAGUAUCAUUUAUGGGAAUGGCACGAACACAGUAAACGAAUUAGCCCAGAGUCAAUUGUGUCCAUUUGUGACCAGUGCAGAAAAAGGCUGUAUCGAUGGAGGAGGAUGGUGGAGAAAAGGAUGUCAACAUAAAGGUGUUUUAACAGCAAUCAACAGAGCUCAGGGUACAUAUCCUGGACUUAACUGGAAUGGUAAACGUCUUUCAGCUGUGCAAAUGCUCAUUCGACCUCGAGGAUAUAUACCUCCUCCGAAUAAACCGUCCUAA